UUGGCUGAGACAGAGGAGCAAAGUGAACAACUCGAAUUCAUUCUACCGUAUAUGGGCAACUUUCGAGCCGAUUAUCUGACAGUACCUCAAUAUAAUCUCACGGCAUGUUUGUAUAGAAAAUCAAUGUCUCAAAUGACGACGAAUGCAAUGUGUCUACUGUAUGACCCGGAACAUUUUUUGAGCGGAAAUCAUUCGUUUAAUGAGACGUGGAAGAAUGAGAGGUAUGGAAAAUAAGAGACGCAGAGCAUCUAGAGUGAGAAAAUUUUCAGAUCUUGUAAUCCAUACGACAGAAAUGGAUUCGGAGGUUUCGCCGAAAAUCUUCGAAACACUUCACAGAAUACAAGAUUUGUAUUUAUUCGAGACCCAUUUGAUAGGUUCAUCUCAUUUUACUUGGAUAAAUGUUUACACGAAAAACAAUGUUAUAAUUGUGAACCGGAAGAUUUGCGAUGUGUAGUUAAAAACAUCUAUGAAAGUUUAUUGAAGAUUUCAAAAGGUGAGAAGCAACUUGAAUCAAGUUUCAAUAACUCAACAUAUAUGGAUAUGCAUGCAACGCCAACUACUUGGGUUUGUGAUUUUAACAAAUUUCGAAAUGUUUAUUAUAUUAUGAUUAUUGGAUCGAGUUUUGACGAAAGAAAAGAGCCAAUUUCGAAAUUUGUUGAAAUUUUGAAACGGAAAAAUGUGCCAGAAAAGUAUAUUUCGAAAAUACAAGAAAAUCUAUUGACAUCUGAAACUCAUCAUUCAACACAUAAUUCAGAAAUGCGAAAAAGAGCUGAAGAAAAAGUUAGAAAUGAUAAAAUAUUACGAGAAUAUUUGCAUAAAUUGUAUUUUUAUGAUUAUUUGGUAUUUCCCGAAUUUGAUCGAUCACAUUUGGAUUCACCUUAUAAUAUGAUCAAUAGUAGUUUUGAUGAGAAAUAUCGCAAGGAUUAUGAAAGUAUUAUAAAGAAUCAGGAGUAUUUGUCGAAAUUGAAAAAUUGA